GGGAGGAGGAAGCAGCCGCUGUCGCCGCCGCCGCAUUGCUACCACCGAGCCAAGCCAUGAACCGCGCUCCCCGGAGGCCUCCCGGUGGCCCCACCGACGAUCCCCCCAUCUCGGAGGACAGCCGCCGCCUGUGAGCCCAGCUCGGAGCUCUCUCACCUCGCCUAGCUUCAUCUGCUUUUCCACCCAAGGACCCAAGAAUCAUGAUUCCGGUAACGGAAUUCAGGCAAUUUUCUGAGCAGCAGCCUGCAUUCCGAGUACUCAAGCCCUGGUGGGAUGUAUUUAUGGAAUAUCUCUCUGUAGUCAUGCUAAUGAUUGGUGUGUUUGGCUGUACUUUACAAGUUAUGCAAGACAAGAUAAUCUGCCUCCCCAAAGCCACGGCCCACUCUCAGAACCACUCCGCCCUUCCAAAUACAUCUCAUGCCCUUACCACCUCGACACCACUGCCUCCGACACAGCCAGCUGCCAACCCUGCGACUGUGGAGAUGAAGGGGCUCAAGACCGACUUGGACAUUCAGCAGUACAGCUUCAUAAACCAGAUCUGUUACGAGAGAGCCCUCCACUGGUAUGCCAAGUACUUUCCUUACCUCGUCCUCAUCCACACCCUCAUCUUCAUGCUCUGCAGUAACUUUUGGUUCAAGUUCCCCGGCUCCAGCUCAAAAAUAGAGCACUUCAUUUCCAUCCUGGGGAAGUGUUUUGAUUCUCCUUGGACCACCAGGGCUUUAUCUGAAGUGUCUGGGGAGGAUACGGAAGAGAAAGACAAUCGGCUAGGGAAGAACACCGUCCUCAAAUCCACCCAGUCAGGUACCGGGGACAUCUUGGUCAAAUCUCAGUCCUUAAAGUCCAUACCUGACAAGUUUGUGGUUGACAAGACCUCUGCUGGGAAACUGGAUAAGAAAGAAGGUGAGCAAGCCAAGGCUCUGUUUGAAAAGGUCAAGAAAUUCCGGAUGCAUGUUGAAGAGGGCGACAUCCUUUACUCCAUGUAUGUCCGCCAGACCAUCCUCAAAGUCAUCAAAUUCCUGAUCAUCAUCGGUUAUAAUAGUGCCCUGGUUCCCAAAGUCCAGUUUACGGUCAAUUGUGACAUUGACAUUCAGGACAUGACUGGGUAUAAACACUUCUCCUGCAAUCACACCAUGGCACACUUAUUCUCUAAACUUUCCUUUUGCUACUUAUGUUUUGUAAGUAUCUACGGACUAACGUGCCUUUACACCCUAUACUGGCUGUUCUAUCGGUCCCUCAAGGAAUAUUCUUUUGAAUAUGUUCGGCAGGAGACAGGAAUUGAUGAUAUACCAGAUGUGAAAAAUGACUUUGCUUUCUUGCUACAUAUGAUUGAUCAAUACGACCCUCUCUACUCUAAGAGGUUUGCUGUAUUCCUGUCUGAAGUUAGUGAAAACAAAUUGAAACAGCUGAACUUAAAUAAUGAGUGGACAGCUGAUAAACUGAGGCAGAAGCUGCAGAUGAAUGCCCACGACCACCUGGAAUUACCAUUGAUCAUGCUUUCGGGCCUUCCAGACACUGUCUUUGAUAUAACAGAACUACAAUCUUUGAAACUUGAAAUCAUCCAGAAUGUCAUGAUACCAGCCACCAUCGCCCAGCUCAGCAAUCUCCAGGAGCUCUCUUUGCACCAGUGCUCCGUCAAAAUCCAUAGUUCCGCUUUGUCUUUCUUGAGAGAAAACCUGAAGAUCUUGAGUGUCAAAUUUGAUGAUGUCCGGGAAUUGCCACCCUGGAUGUACAGCCUCAGGAAUCUGGAGGAGCUACAUUUGAAUGGUUUUCUGAGCCACGAUAUCUACAGGAAUGUCACUCUCGAAUCCUUGCGGGACCUUAAAAACCUGAAAGUUCUCUCCAUUAAAAGCAACAUCUCCAAAAUCCCUCAAGCUAUUGUGGAAGUUUCCAGUCACCUCCAGAAACUAUACUUCAAUAACAAUGGCACCAAGCUUGUCAUGCUCAACAACCUGAAGAAGAUGGUCAACUUGACAGAGCUGGAGCUGAUCCACUGUGAUUUGGAGCGUAUCCCCCAUGCCAUCUUUAGCCUCCUCAGCCUCCAGGAGCUGGACUUAAAGGAAAACAACCUCAAAUCCAUAGAAGAGAUCUUGAGCUUUCAGCAUUUGCGCAAACUGACAGUUCUCAAACUGUGGCAUAACAGCAUCACCUACAUCCCAGAACAUAUCAAAAAGCUCACCAGCCUGGAGCGCCUGACUUUUAGUCACAAUAAAAUAGAGGUGCUGCCUUCUCACCUCUUUCUAUGCAACAAAAUCAGACACUUAGAUCUAUCUUUCAAUGACAUUCGGUUCAUCCCACCAGAAAUAGGAGUGCUGCAAAGUUUACAGUAUUUUUCCAUCACUUCUAACAAAGUGGAAAGCCUCCCUGAUGAGCUGUACUUCUGUAAGAAACUGAAAAUCCUGAAGAUUGGGAAAAAUAACUUAUCGGUUCUUUCACCAAAAAUCGGGAACUUAGCAUUGCUUUCCACUUUGGAGGUCAAAGGCAAUCAAUUCGAGGUCCUCCCUCCAGAACUCGGGGACUGCCGGUCCCUGAAGCGAUCUGGCUUCAUUGUGGAAGAUGCCCUCUUUGAAACGCUACCUUCUGAUGUUCGGGAACAAAUGAAAGCCGAAUAACUUAUUUUUUUUUCCCAAAAUUUGACUGAAACAUGCUUCUACCAAAUACAUUAUAAAUAAUUAGGUAGUCUAAUGCCUUUACUAUUUUU